AUGAGGGUCGGCAGUAAUACCCGAGUUAUCGUCAAGAACUUGCCAAUUUCGCUAGACGAGAGAGGUGUCGAGCGUCUAAUAUCGGAAAAAUGCAAGGAGCUUGGAUUGGAGCUCACGGACUGCAAACUACUGUGCAAGAAUGCCAAAGACCAGAAGGCCAAGAACGCCAAGAAUCCCAGCGGCAAGCAAGCCGCGGUGUCGCGAGGACUAUGCUUCGUAGGGUUUGCCGACGAGAAAGAUGCAACAAAGUUCAAGGACUACUACGACGGGACCUAUUUCCGUGCCUGCAAGGUCACAAUCGAAUUUUCCCGUCCGCCGCCACGCACUCCGCAGGAGGCCGCUGACGAACCUAAGAAAACCGAACGGCUGAUUGCUAAGUCAAAGCGCGAAUGUGGCGAUGGUGAGGUGGCGACAACGCUCGUUAAGCAGGUCAAAAAGUAUACGAAGGCUGGUGUAUCCGGUGAGAGGAAGCACACCGUUUUCGAGGACGAAGCGCAAAGCGAUACCGAGAUGGAUGGAAUCCCGACUGACGAACCAGAACCGCCAAGUGACGCCGAUGAACAGGAAGAAUCUGCCGACAACUUGGACAGGGUGAUCCUCUUUAACCUGCCGUACAAUGUGACCGAGUCGGCAAUCAGGGAGUUAUGCAGACCCUUCGGGCCCAUAACCGACAUCCACCUGCCGUUGAAUUCGCAAAAUGACGCGGAUACGGAUGGAGGCAAACUGACCAAGGGUUACUGCUACGUAUCGUGGGUGUUCCCCUCCGAUGCGGUAAAAUUCCGUGACGCUAAAAACCGCACUAUCUUCUGCGGGAGGAUAAUGCACGUCAACCUAGCGAAACCGAAGGAGCAGGGAAGCACGGCGGAUAGAGCUACGUAUGAGGAAUUCGGCCGGCGAAGUGGCCGCAGGAAUGCCGAAAAAUCAUCAUACAAGCGGGAGCUGCAGAAGAAGAAGCUGGCCAACGCCGAGAAUGCCACCAUUUGGAACACGCUUCACAUCGACAUCAACGCGACCAUUGCCGCGGUUUCCCGACAACUGGAGCUGGACAAAAGGGAUAUUGUAGAUGAGGCGAACGCAGCCGUCAACGUGGCACUCUCAGAGACACUGAUUCUGAACCAGCUCACCAAAUGGCUCGACGAACAGGGCAUCGACUACCAGCAGUUCCAGGUGUCGAAAUCCGCCGAAACUAAGGAAAAGGACGGGAGUAAGGAGGCGGAACGCAAGGAAAGCGAGGUCAAACGCGUAACUCGGUCAGACGAUACCUUGAUCAUAAAGAACCUCCCGAGCGAUGCUGACGAGGCUGACCUGGUCGAGACAUUCUCCAAAUAUGGCCAACUGUUGCGCCUUGCCGUCGCUCCGUACGCCGUAAUGGGAAUAGUGCAGUAUCUUGAGCCGAAGGCUGCCCAAGCUGCCUUCCGGAGCUUGGCUUACACGCCGUACCUUGGGCUGCCGCUCUACCUGGAGUGGGCACCGAUUAAGCUCAUCCGCGAAGGAGCGCCAAUACCAGAGCUCGCCACCAAAAAGAAAUCGGAUAUAAAGGCAGCUGAUGAGCAAAGACGCGGAAGCGAAGCACCGGCGACCGCGGAUCCAUCGCAAGAGGCCGAGGCUGAUGACGACGCUGAGGUUUCUACCAACGUUAGCAUUUACCUCAAGAACCUCAACUUCAAGACACGAGACGACGCACUCAAGAACCACUUUGGUUCCUGCAAGGGUUAUGUCACCAGCAAGGUCGUCAUGAAGGACAACGCCACCCUUUCCAGAGGUUUCGGAUUUGUGGAAUUCGACAGCAUGGCCAACGCCAAAGCCGCAAUCAGGGCCAAAACCGGUAUUCUAAUAGACGGGAAAGUCAUCGAAAUGUCAAUCGCCAAGCGCGCAGAGAAGCCUCCGACAGAGAUCGCGGAGAGCAAGAUCCUCGAGGCCACCAACAAGAUUAUCGUCAAGAACCUGGCCUUCCAGGCCACCCGUCAGGACCUGUACAAAAUGUUCAGCUACUACGGGAACGUCAAGUCCGUCCGCAUACCCAAGAGCCUCAAAAGCAACAACAGGGGUUUCGCCUUCGUGGAGUUCCUCAGCAAACAGGAGAGCGCCCGCGCCGUCGAGGCGCUGCAACACACACACCUCUACGGACGACACCUUGUGCUGGAAUUCGCCGAGGAAGACGAGGUGGACGACCAAUCGGCCGAGUGA